UUAUGAUGCCACAUACAGACCCAUGUCCCUUCAUUACUACAGAACUGUAGGAAUCUGCUCAUGUGAAACAACACUGAAGUUCUGACAUCUGACUAAAGAUAAUUGUAAAACUUUGCAUGGAUGUUUGCAGCUCAUUCUUUGACAGAACAAGACGAUUUCAUCACCAAGGAUUUAAAGGAGAGACAUGUUGCAGUGUCAAGUGAAUUUCCUUGAUGACACCACCCUUAUGUGGGAGCUGGAGAGAAAUGCAGUGGGGCGGGAUCUCUUCAAUAAAGUAUGUGAACACCUUGAUCUGUUGGAGAGGGAUUACUAUGGUCUGGCCAUGUGGGAUUCUCCUAAUACCAGGAGAUGGCUGGACUGUUCUAAAGAGAUUCUAAAACAGAUUAAAGGCCCAGAAGCAGAUUUUUUUUUUAAUAUCAAGUUUUAUCCUCCCGAUCCCUCAAUUCUGGCCGAAGACAUUACUAGAUAUCAUCUGUGUCUUCAGCUACGGAAAGAUAUUAUGACAGGUCGACUGCCCUGUCCAUCAGACAUGUUGGCUGUGUUGGGUUCAUACACAGUCCAGUCAACACUUGGAGACUAUGACCCAAAUCUCCACACGAAUAACUAUGUCAGUGAGAUUGUUCUCGCACCCAACCAAAGUGAAGAGCUAGAUGAGAAAGUGAUGGAACAGCAUGCGACACACAGAUCUAUGAGUCCUGCACAGGCAGAUAUGCUUUUUUUUGAGUAUGCAAAGACACUCCCCAUGUAUGGACUGGACCUGCAUCCUGCUAAAGAUUUUAGCGGUGCAGAUGUAAUGCUGGGUGUGUGUUCUGAAGGACUGAUGGUGUUUCAGGAUGAGAUCAAAACAAAUAGCUACUUGUGGCCUAGAGUCCUUAAAAUCUCUCACAAACGCAAUACUUUUCUUCUCAAGAUCCGCUCUUCUGAGGAUGAGUUAGAUGGAGAUGUCAGCUUUACUCUGCCCAGCUACAGAGCCUGCAAACAACUUUGGAAAUGCUCUGUGGAAAACCACAGUUUCUUCAGAAACAGACUUCAAGACACAACAGCAAAAAAAAAUUUGACCCUGGGAUCAAGGUUUCGUUACAAUGGACGCACUCUGUCUGAGUGCCUGGAGGCCAGUGCCAACAUCACUCGGGCUCCUCCACAAUUUUUACGCCUUGUCGCAAAGAGAAAAGAAAAUGAAGAAAUCCUUAUUCUUCUAAAGCAGCCACUGCAAACGGAGUCAGAUGACUGGUUCUUGGUACAUGAUUCGGAUAAAUGGGACGUUUCUACAACAGAUGAUGUAAUGCUGGAGAGCAAAGAGCUCUGGGAGUCAAACCAGGAGGCUGAUGAUUGGUUCGUUCUCCUCGAGUCCAGCCUAUCUCCACCAUCAGUUCUUCAACAGUCUUUUGAGAAUGAAGAACAAAGUAAAGUUGAGAUUGUGGAGGAGAACAAGUCAGAGGAGAGGACCACAGAUGAGCUGGUGAUAAAACGUUCAUAUAAAGUUAAUGUGGCACAAGAGGGGUCUGUGGAGCUGAAGGUCACGGAGGACCUGGCAAGAUACAUCAUGAAGAAAGAACAUCCUGAAUUAAAAGAGCAAACAAUGACUAUGAAGGAAUCACUGACGGAAGAAAUCCUACAGGUGAAUGGGGAAAGAAUACAAAGAGUAGUCAUCACAAACCAAUGGACACAGGAGAUCAACUCUUUUGUGGAAUCACAAGAAGAUGAAGAUGAGGAGAUAGAGGUGGGGAAACUUCUCGUUAUGGGUUCUGAGAAAACAUCUGAGAGAUUGAAAAUCAUGGAACAGAGACUACAGGAGGUGGAGACUAUUGACCAAAGACUACAAGAUGUUGAAGUGCUGAGGGUUGGAUUACAGGAAAUAGAAAGACAACAUACAGCUGAGAGGGAGGGGCUUCAACAAGGUGAAACGGCUGAUUGGCACAUUCUCCUAGAUGGCAGUCCAUCAUUGCUCACUGCUGCCCCCACAGCUGAUGAACUGAUAAACAUCAUCAAACCAAUGGAAAGAAAUAAUGAUUGGUACAUUCUUUUGGAGAUGCCCGCACAGAGAAUAAAGUUAUCAGCCUCUCCUACAGCUCCACCAUCAGUUCUUCAACAGUCUUUUGAGAAUGAAGAACAAAGUAAAGUUGAGAUUGUGGAGGAGAACAAGUCAGAGGAGAGGACCACAGAUGAGCUGGUGAUAAAACGUUCAUAUACAGUUAAUAUGGCACAAGAGGGGUCUGUGGAGCUGAAGGUCAUGAGGACCUGGCAAGAGACAUCAGAAGAGAUAGAGGUGGGGAAACUUCUCAUUAUGGGUUCUGAGAAAACAUCUGAGAGAUUGAAAAUCAUGGAACAGAGACUACAGGAGGUGGAGACUAUUAACCAAAAACUACAAGAUGUUGAAGUGCUGAGGGUUGGAUUACAGGAAAUAGAAAGACAACAUACAGCUGAGAGGGAGGGGCUUCAACAAGGUGAAACGGCUGAUUGGCACAUUCUCCUAGAUGGCAGUCCAUCAUUGCUCACUGCUGCCCCCACAGCUGAGGAACUAAUAAACAUCAUCAAACCAAUGGAAAGAAAUAAUGAUUGGUACAUUCUUUUGGAGAUGCCCGCACAGAGAAUAAAGUUAUCAGCCUCUCCUACAGCUCCACCAUCAGUUCUUCAACAGUCUUUUGACAAUGAAGAACAAAGUAAAGUUGAGAUUGUGGAGGAGAACAAGUCAGAGGAGAGGACCACAGAUGAGCUGGUGAUAAAACGUUCAUAUAAAGUUAAUGUGGCACAAGAGGGGUCUGUGGAGCUGAAGGUCACGGAGGACCUGGCAAGAGACAUCAUGAAGAAAGAACAUCCUGAAUUAAAAGAGCAAACAAUGACUAUGAAGGAAUCACUGACGGAAGAAAUCCUACAGGUGAAUGGGGAAAGAAUACAAAGAGAAGUCAUCACAAACCAAUGGACACAGGAGAUCAACUCUUUUGUGGAAUCACAAGAAGAUGAAGAUGAAGAGAUAGAGGUGGGGAAACUUCUCGUUAUGGGUUCUGAGAAAACAUCUGAGAGAUUGAAAAUCAUGGAACAGAGACUACAGGAGGUGGAGACUAUUGACCAAAGACUACAAGAUGUUGAAGUGCUGAGGGUUGGAUUACAGGAAAUAGAAAGACAACAUACAGCUGAGAGGGAGGGGCUUCAACAAGGUGAAACGGCUGAUUGGCACAUUCUCCUAGAUGGCAGUCCAUCAUUGCUCACUGCUGCCCCCACAGCUGAGGAACUAAUAAACAUCAUCAAACCAAUGGAAAGAAAUAAUGAUUGGUACAUUCUUUUGGAGAUGCCCGCACAGAGAAUAAAGUUAUCAGCCUCUCCUACAGUUCAAACAGAUGUGAUCAGCACCAUACCAGGAGUAGAUCAGGCUGAAGAAGUAGAAAGUAGGGAAGAAGAAAAGAAAAUACAGCUCCUGCCACCAGACGAACCAAAAACACAGACAUGUGAGGAGACAUCAUGUGAGCUUUAUGAAGAGAUCAGAGAGGAGAUGACUCAAAGCAGAGUGAGAAGAGAUAAGGAGCAAGUGACGGUGGAAUAUAGAAGACCACAGCGAGUUCUUCCAGAACAGCAGGCAGACCGGCCUCAAAGAGACUUGGACGAUGAUUGGUUCAACCUUUUAGACGUUUCUCCUAGAACAUCAGUGUCUUUGGUUUAUCCAUACCUGCGAGGAGAAACUGUUGAGGUGUAUGAGGAGAGCAGAAAGGAGGUACUUCACAGCGUAGUGAGAAGAGAGGAGCAAGAAUCAGAGCAAAUCAUGUUGGAGAAGAAAGCAACACAAGCUCAGAGAGACGUUGAGGAUGACUGGUUCAUUAUUCUGGAUGUUUACCUCAAAGGGACAGGAGCUCGCUUUGUUUCUCUGACACCUCUGAAUGAGGAAAAUAGAGCUGUAGAGAGAAGAGAUGAGGUGCAAAACAAACAACAUGAGAAGGUGACAGUGGAUGAUAGAAGACCAGUCCCUAUUAUUCUAGAGAAAAGCACAGCACAAGUCCAAAGAGAGAGAGAAGAUGACUGGUCCAUAAUUUUAGAUGAUUCUCCUGAAGCAUCAGUGCUUACAACUGUUGAGGUGCAUGAGGAGAGCAGAGAGACCAGGGUGAGAAAAGAGGAGCAGGUGACUGAGGUGAUGACCGUGAGCACUGGACAAACAGUGAGAACAGAGAAGAUGAUGAUGAAGGUUAUACAAACGCCACAGGUGUUUCCAGUGGUGCCCAGAGAGAUUGAUGAUGACUGGUUUCAGAUGUUCGACCCAGUGCCGUAUGAGCAGAGAAGUAUUACAUCAGAUGUCAAAAGCAGAGAUGUUGUAGUCCGUGAGCCCACCAAAGACCAGAGAGCUCAGGGGAUAGUGGAGGAGGUUGUGGAGGAGCGAAAGAACGUGCUCACAGAAGAAAGAAGAGUGGUCUUUGAGGAGCGCAGGGAGAGAGUCGACGUUGUACAGAAGAUGUUUCCUGUCGGGGUACGACAGGUGGAUGAUGAUUGGUGUGAGCUCCUUGACACCACACCGUUUGAGAAAAGAGCUGUUUUAUCUGUGCACACUGAGAAGCAAAGGAUGAAAGAACAGGAGGACAGAAAAGUAAGAGAUGAUGUGGAGACCAGAAUGAGACAACAAGAGAUGAGAAAGCAGGACUUGGAAGUCAGACGAUCUCAACCUGCUGUUAUUGUGCAAACAGAAGCAGAGUCACAGAGAGAAGUGGAAGAUGAUUGGUUUGUUGUUUUUGAUGUUUCACCGAAACAAACAGUUGUGGCAGAUGUGAUUAAAGUGGACAAGAGAGGUGAAGAAGUGAAGAGAAGAGACGAAGAAAAGCAAAUAGAAGACAAGAGGAGACAAGCAGAACAGAGGAGAAGAGAGGAAGAAAGGAGGAGGCAGAUACAAGUAGAAGACAGGCAAAAAAGACCAGUUGGACCAGAGAAAACACCAGUUUGGCAAAAGAGAGGAAGGGAGGAUGACUGGUUUAAUCUUAUGGGUGUUUCCACUAAAGAUUCUGUUUCCACACGGGUACCUGUUAUUUCCCCAGUGGCUGUACCCAAACCCCGCCCACAGAUCCCAGCUGACCAACCACUGACUUCGACUCCGACUAUACAACCUCUAUCUCUCACAAAAACAACCUAUCUUGACAGGACAAAAGACAUGCUGGACAUCACACUGGAGUCUGAGGCUGAAGAUUCGGUGCUUAUGAAAAAGUCACGGAGAUGGACGAAGAGAAUCGAAGGAGAGAGCAUAUAUGUUCGGCACAGCAUUCUUAUGCUGGAGGACUUUGAUGUGACCCAGGAGGUGGUCCUCAGGCAUCAUGCCAGUGUCAGUGAGCUAAAGCGUGUCUUCAUGGAGGCCAUGGAAGAUUUUGGACCCACGGAAUGGGACAGACGUCUCUCCUCAUACUCACCCAUGCCCAAAACACAGCUCCCUCAUGCCAACGGAGACAUACUAUUCAGCAUGGGUUUAAUUGAAGAUGGUGGAAAAACAGUUGUGUAAUGAAGCUCCACAAUCAAUCAAAUUAGAUUUUCAUAUAAUCAUGGAUUUUUAUAUUACAUACUAGUUGGACAUUUAAGGAUGUGGAUGUUAUAUUUUUUCCUUUUUCUGUUUAUUCCAGAAAUUAAUACAUUUAAUCUAAUUAGUUGUAAACUGGUUUUAGUUGUAAAACAGCAUCACAGAUUGUAUAGCUCAAGCUUAAAGUCUAUAAAAAUCACAUUCUUACAGUUUGUUUUGUUAAAGGGAAACACUUUACAAUAAGGUUGUAUUUGUUAACAUAAGUAAAAGCAUUACCUAUUAACUAACAGUGAACAAUAUAGUUUUCAGCUUGUAUUAAUGCUUGUCAAUGUAAAUGUCAAUACAAUUAUAAAUGUUAAUUCAUAGUGCAUUGACUAAUGUUUACCGUUACGAUGUUUGAUUUUAAAAGUAUGUAUAAAUGCUGAAAAUAGCAUGAACUAAGAUUAAUAAAUGCUGUUAAAAUGUAGACAUUCUAUAAAAAAAUAUUAAAGAUCUGUCAUUUGUACUGCCAAAUCUGAGAGUGUUGUGUUGUAUUGUAUUGUAAGGAAAUGUUUAAGGCAUGACAUGUGGUACAUUGUCCAUGUCUAAACUUAAUUCCUAAAGUUUCUUGCACCUGCCACUGGAUUUAGGUGAGUAUCUGUAUUGGUCCGAUGUGUUGCAUACAUUGUUUGCACAGUUCAUGCUGUCAUUUAAAUGUUGUAAUACAGCUUUCUUAAACGUAAUACAGGUCACAGAAAAAUUCUAGUCUGCAUAAAUGCAAUAAAUGGCUAUUCAUGGCAUUCAUGACUUUGAUGGUUUGCAGAGGAGAAAAUAUCUGUGUUAAUCUGGUUGUC